AUGGCGGAGAGUAAACGUCCGACAACAGGCGAAGAACUGGAUUUGAACAAUGAGAUUCGGGUCACAGUGACAAACGAAAGUCAAGUGACGUCAAAUGACACCAAACUGGAGGAAUACGAUGAUCCAUUAAGAGACAUAGCAAGAGUAUGUCUCGAGGAAGGUAACAAAGAAUACAGACAGGGAGAACCUCAAAACGCGAUAAACUCCUACUCGGAAGGUCUUCAAGUGAACUGCGAAGAUAAACGGCUGAACGCCAAGCUUUAUAGCAACAGAGCAGCAGCUCAUUUCCAUUUAGGAAACUACGAAGAAUGUCUCAAUGAUGCAACAGUUUCUGUUCAGUUGGAACCCAAUUUAAUCAAAGCUAUUAAGAAAGCCGCCAGUGCUUGCGUGGAGCUUUGCUUGUUCAAAGAAGCAAGGAGCUGGUUGCAUAUGGGAUUGGCCAUUGACAAGAAUAACAAACCUCUGCUCCACUUACUGAGCAAAUCUCAAAUAUUAAUAGAGAGCCACGAGCGUGUUAGUUAUGCCAAUCUCGGCUGCGCUUAUCGUGGUCUAGGACAGUUCAAAACAGCAAUCGAUUACCAUCAACGUCAUCUAGAAAUUGCUAAAGAAGUGGGAGACAAGGCCGGAGAGGGAAACAGUUAUGCCAAUCUCGGCUGCGCUUAUGGUGGUCUAGGACAGUUCAAAACAGCAAUCGAUUACCAUCAACGUCAUCUAGAAAUUGCUAAAGAAGUGGGAGACAAGGCCGGAGAGGGAAAGAGUUAUGGCAAUCUCGGCUGCGCUUAUGGUGGUCUAGGACAGUUCAAAACAGCAAUCGAUUACCUUCAACGUCAUCUAGAAAUUGCUAAAGAAGUGGGAGACAAGGCCGGAGAGGGAAACAGUUAUGCCAAUCUCGGCUGCGCUUAUGAUAGUCUAGGACAGUUCAAAACAGCAAUCGAUUACCAUCAACGUCAUCUAGAAAUUACUAAAGAAGUGGGAGACAAGGCCGGAGAGGGGAAGAGUUAUGGCAAUCUCGGCUGCGCUUAUGAUAGUCUAGGAAAGUUCAAAACAGCAAUCGAUUACCAUCAACGUGAUCUAGAAAUUGCUAAAGAAGUGGGAGACAAGGCCGGAGAGGGAAACAGUUAUGCCAAUCUCGGCUGCGCUUAUGUUGGUCUAGGACAGUUCAAAACAGCAAUCGAUUACCAUCAACGUCAUCUAGAAAUUGCUAAAGAAGUGGGAGACAAGGCCGGAGAGGGAAAGAGUUAUGGCAAUCUCGGCUGCGCUUAUGGUGGUCUAGGACAGUUCAAAACAGCAAUCGAUUACCUUCAACGUCAUCUAGAAAUUGCUAAAGAAGUGGGAGACAAGGCCGGAGAGGGAAAGAGUUAUGGCAAUCUCGGCUGCGCUUAUGGUGGUCUAGGACAGUUCAAAACAGCAAUCGAUUACCAUCAACGUCAUCUAGAAAUUGCUAAAGAAGUGGGAGACAAGGCCGGAGAGGGAAAGAGUUAUGGCAAUCUCGGCUGCACAGCAAUCGAUUACCAUCAACGUCAUCUAGAAAUUGCUAAAGAAGUGGGAGACAAGGCCGGAGAGGGAAAGAGUUAUGGCAAUCUCGGCUGCGCUUAUGGUGGUCUAGGACAGUUCAAAACAGCAAUCGAUUACCAUCAACGUCAUCUGGAAAUUGCUAAAGAAGUGGGGGACAAGGCCGGAGAGGCAUCCUCGCUCUAUUCUCUUGGAAGAAGUUUUGAGUGCCUAGGAAAUCUCAAGAGGGCCUUUGACUGCUUUCACUCUUGUGUAGAGGGGUUUGAUAGUAUCAGGGCCGGUCUGCAAUUGAACGAUCAGUGGAAGAUUUCUUAUCGUAAUCGGCAUAAAAAUGCAUACACAGGCGUGUGGCGUAUAAACCUAAUUCAAAAUGACGCUCUCAAAGCUCUUCUUGCCGCAGAAAAAGGACGUGCACAAGCUCUAAAAGAUCUGCUAGACACAAAAUAUCACCCCCGAGAUUCUUCAAGGAACAGCGGCUCGUUCCCUACCCUGAGUUUUGUUCCAUUAGGUACAGUUUUCAUGGCUAUCAGUGGACCGUGCGUUUACUACUGGGUUUUCCUUAGCGACGAUAAUGUCCAGUUGAGAAAGGUACAUGUCAACAAUUAUAAGUAUCAGGAGGAAUUGGAAUUUUUCAUCCAGCAACUGAACAAAACUGCCUUGAAGGAGAUCGAUGCAAGAGAUGCUGUUAAAUGCGAAAAUCCUUCCCAUGACUCGCCGAAAGCGGCGGAAAUGGCAAACAAUAUGAUUCAAAUUGAUGUAAGGUACUCACAAUCAAGUGCUCUACAGAAGCUUUAUGACAUCAUCGUUACUCCUAUUGCUGAUCUGAUCGAAGGCAACGAGCUUACAGUUGUUCCUGAGGGACCAUUUUGUCUU